AUUAUCUUCAUUGCUUUAUUCGAUCGUACAUCUAUAAUAUUGCAUCUUUUAAGGCGAACUCUGGUAAGUGAAGUUAGGUUUGUAAUGGAAUGCUUGUAGUCCUUUAGUAACUAAUUUCAGCCUAAGCUCGGUCUCGUUUGUAUAUAUGUGUACCCGUUUCGAAUACAUAUUUUGCAAUAGGAAGCGACCCUGGAGAAAAGUUUCAAUUUGCCUUACUGAGACGUUCGUUGUAAUGCUUAUUUGUGAAUUAUGUUCGGUUUUAUAUAUAUAAAAAAUAGAAGAGCUAAUUUAAGUAAUAUUCUAUUGCCUGUCGCCAUUCGAAAAAUUAUUAGUUUGCGUGUUAAGCAAAUCAUUCGAAGAGUAUAGUUAUUAUAUUCAAGAGAAACAUAUGACGGGCCUUUGUAGUUUCUUUACGAGAAAUUUCUAUAUUGGCAAGAUUUAACCCAAUGAAGAUUAUGUCAGAUGAUGAUGUUACCUUGGAUUCAAUGGAUACCGAGGAAGAUAUAUUCAAUCCCCAUAGCAAUUCGGUUAGAAGGGCAAAAACACUACGUACUUUACGAUCUCACUCCCAUGGUAGUACUAGCACGCAUAUUACUAGAAGUAAUUUAAGUGUACGACGUAGUACACGUAAUAGAAUGCAAACCUAUGACAACCUCAAUACUAGUUGGAUUUUAGGAACACAAACUUUAAAAGGAUAUCCUAUGUUUCAACAACAUGGAUCUUCAUCUGAUAAAGAAAUGGUAGAUGAAGUACCUGAUAGAAAGCGUGAAUUGCGCGAUCGUAUGCCUUUAAGAUCACGUGAAAAUCAUCCUCCUAAUAAAAAUUCAAACAGACAUAUUAGAGAUAGGCCUGAUCAUGAUCAUCAAAGUAGUAGAGAACUUAGGGGACGAUCUGAUCGUGAUCUUAGAGAAAAAUCCGAACAAGAUAAAGAUAUUAGAGAACAUAAAGAUAGGCAAGGGCGAGAAAAGCCAGAAAGAGAACAUAAAGAUAAAUUAGAAACAAGAAGUAAGUCUGAAGUAAGAACGUCAAAUGAAGAAAAGGAUACAAGAACAAGUAAAUCUAGUAGUCCAUGUAGGCUUAGAGAAGGACCUGUAACUAGGCUAUGCGGCAAUUCUUUAGAUAAAUCUGUAAAAUCAAAAAUGGAACAAGAUGAACCUGAAGAUAGUUCACAUGGGAGUGAAAAACAAGAAAACAAUGAUAAUUCUGAGAAUGAGGGCGGAUACGAAGACAUGUAUACACGUAUUAAGCGCACUAGAAGAACUACCCAACGACAAUUACCAAGGGGUAAGAAGCUUGCAGUCGUAGAUAGUGAUUUAAGUGAAUCAUCAGAUUCGCCUGGCCCUAGAAAAUACAGUUUACGUCAAAAAAAGCCAACUGUAGAUAGAUUUCAAGCCAACGUUGAGCCUGUUAGACGAUCUAUAAGAGCUCUUCGGAGUGUGCUAAGCAAUUCUAUGAGGAGGCGAAAGCACAGAAGCAAAAGUACAAGUUCUAGUGAUUCUAGUGAUUCAGAACCGCAACGAUAUGAUAAAAAGAAAGGGAAAAAAGCAAGGCAAUCAGCAAUACCCCAAGGCGGUCCUCCAGAUCGUAAAGCAGAUAUAAAUCCUAUUACAUUAGAUACAAAUAUUAGGUUCAGUGAUGUUGGUGGCUUAGAAUCACACAUUCAUUGCCUUAAGGAAAUGGUUGUUUUUCCUAUGAUGUAUCCAGAAGUUUUUGAAAGAUAUCAUAUCACAUCUCCAAAAGGUGUCCUCUUUCAUGGCCCACCAGGAACUGGGAAAACAUUAAUAGCUAGAGCAUUAGCAAAUGAAUGUAGUCAAGGUAGUAGAAGAAUGGCCUUUUUUAUGAGAAAAGGAGCAGAUUGCUUAUCAAAGUGGGUUGGGGAGUCAGAACGACAAUUAAGAUUGUUGUUUGAGCAGGCUCAACAAAUGAAACCGUCCAUUAUAUUUUUCGAUGAAAUUGAUGGUCUUGCACCUGUCAGAAGUACCAAGCAAGAUCAAAUUCAUGCUAGCAUUGUAUCUACCCUUUUAGCACUUAUGGAUGGUCUUAGUGAUAGAGGAGAAGUUAUAGUAAUUGGUGCAACAAAUAGAGUAGAUGCAAUUGAUCCUGCACUACGAAGACCUGGCCGUUUUGAUCGUGAAUUAUUCUUUCCUUUACCUGCAAUGAAAGAAAGAUUAGAAAUUUUGAAAAUUCAUGUUAAUAAAUGGAAAAAUCCACCAAGUGAACAAUUGUUAGAAAUAUUAGCUGAAAAAUCAACUGGUUAUUGUGGUUCGGAUUUAAGAGCUUUAUGCACUGAAGCAGUAUUACAAGGAUUAAGAAGAACAUAUCCACAAAUUUACACAACUAGCAAUAGAUUACUUUUGGAUCCUCAACGAGUAGAAGUGAAAAAACAAGAUUUUAUGCAAGCAAGUUCUAUUCUAAUUCCAUCAUCACAGAGAGUAACUCCUUGUGCAGGCAGAAAAUUACAGCCUUUUAUGGAGCCUCUAUUAGGUCCUUCAUUGGAAGAAUUGAUUGGUCUAGUAAAAGGAACAUUUCCUCAAGGUGUUAAUCCUGCUAUGGCAAAAGUGAAAGUUACUAAAGGAAUACAUCGUCCAAGAUUAUUAGUUUCUGGUGGCAAUCUAUCUAAAGGUCAAGGACCUCAUUUAGCACAAGCUUUAUUACAUCACAUGGAACAUUUACCAGUACAAACAUUAGAUGUUAGUACACUUUUUGCAGAAAGUGCACGAUCUCCAGAAGAAACCUGUGUACAGGUGUUUAAUGAAGCUACCAGAAAUGUACCGUCCAUUAUUUAUAUACGUUCCAUUGAUCAAUGGUGGCCACUUGUUCCAGAGACUGUAAAAGCUGUUUUUUUGUGUCGUAUUGCAGCACUAGAUACUUCAUUACCUAUAUUGAUUCUUGCAACUAGUGACGAAACAUAUCAGGAUCUUCCUAUGCAAUUAAAAAAUCUUUUCAGUGAACUUCGUGGCGAAGUAUAUACUAUGAAAAUUCCCAAUUCAGAACAAAGAUCAAAAUUUUUCAAACCCAUAUUUAUGAUUCAAAGUUUAAAACAACCACAAACUAAGAAUAACAAAGUUCAAGUAUUAGAGGAACUUCCUUUGGCUCCGGAUCCAAUGCCAAAGAAAUUAUCCAAUGAAGAAAAGAAAAGGUUGUUUGAAAAAGAAGAAGUAUCUUUAAGAGAACUUCGAAUUUUCUUGAGGGAAAUAUGUGCUAAGCUUGCUAGGAAUCGGCAAUUUUUCAUGUUCACGAAACCUGUAGAUACCGAAGAAGUACCCGAUUAUAAUAUGAUAAUAAAGCAACCUAUGGAUUUGGAGACUAUGAUGACUAAAAUUGAUAUGCAUUGUUACCUCUGUGCUCGAGAUUUUCUUGAUGAUAUUGAUCUCAUUUGUAAAAAUGCAUUGGAAUAUAAUCCAGAUAGCUUGCGUGAUAGGCCCUCCCUUGGGAUAUUGAAGAGAGAUCCAGCAGAUAAACUGAUUAGACAUCGUGCCUGUUCUCUACGCGAUAAUGCAUAUGCACUAAUAAAGGCUGAAUUAGAUUCUGAUUUUGAAGAUAAGUGUCGUGAAAUAUCUAAAAGUCGUAAAAUUAUUGAAACUGGCCAUAAUGACGAAACACAAAAUAAAAAUACAAAAACAGAAAUUACAUUACCAAAUGAAAAAAAUGAUAAGAAAGAUACUGAAUUAGUAGUAAAUAAUACACUAUCCGUGAAUGGGAAAAGAUUUAGUCAUUCCAGAAAACGUAAAAUUCCUGCUUGGGCUAGAGGUUACGUAAAGAAAGUGCAAAAGAAAAAAAAAAUUAGCUUUGAUGAUAGUAUAUCUGAAAUAAGUAACAAGGUAUGUCUAACCAAUGAAACCACAGUUGGUAUAGAUUUAGAGAAAUUUCAAGAAUUUGAAACAGAAGCAAAUAGUGUUCUAAACGGUCAUGUACCAUUAUUUGAUAACACUGAUUCUGAGAAUGAUUCUCAAAACGAAAACUACAAGGAUAUUCACAUAAAUCAUAAUGAUAAUACGGUAGAACAACGAAUUCAUGAUUUUGAAAGAGUUGAAAUAUCUUUGAUAGAGGAUGAUAAAAAUAUUGGAAAUGAUGUUUCAAGUUCAUCGUCCAGGCGAGAAAGUUUAGAUGAAUUAUCAUUUGCAAUUGAGAGCGAUUCUAGUUUAUCAAAAUUUGAUGAAAAUGAUAAAGUAAUUAUUGAUAAAAAUGAACUUGAGUCUGCAUGGUUACACACUGUAGAAGUUACAAAGGAUUUUCCCGUAGAGGUAUUGUGUGACAUUUAUGUGCAAUUAAGUAGAUGUGUAGGGAGAUACGCGCAUCAUUAUGAUAGGAAAUCACUGCCAAAGGACUUACUCAAGGAACUGGAAAAGUUUGAAGAGUACAAGAUAAGUUUGUACGAAAAAGUUAGUCAACUAAAUACGCAUUAGAAAAUGUAAAUUAAUCUGUAGUUUCAUCAUAAAAAAAAGACGUAUUAUGUACUGGUACUAAAAGAACAGAACUUAAAUAUCACAUGAAAAUUUAGUGCCGUACAUUUUUCAGUUCUUAUAACUGCCAAAUAUAAAAUAUUUACAACUGAUUGUCAUUAUUAUAAUAGUCGAAUUAAUGUAUAAUGAGUAGACUGCGGAUUUUUAUGCAAUUGCAUAUGUUUUUCAUAUUUUACAUAAAAGACAAAUCAUUGAAUAUCUUACAUAUUUUUCUUCAGUUGUCACUUCUUUUUACAACACUUGAUGAAUCGUGAACUAAUUCGUGAUACUUCCAUGUGUAAGACUUACCGACUAAUUCUUAACUGAACACAUAUAAUUAACAAAUGGAUAGAUCAUACAAGUCUAAUUAUCGAAGAAGAUAUCUUUAAUAACAAAUUCAGAAGCAAGUUCCAAAUAAAAAUCCAUUUUUUUAGGGAUAUGUGUCAAGUAAUGGUUGUUGUAAAAAUGUCUCUGCAAUGUAUGACUAAUAUAACGUGAAGAAAUUUUCUCAAAAAAUAUACUGGCCAAAAUAUACCAGAUGAGAUGAAUCAACUCUGAGAAUAAGUUAUCUGCGAGAUCUUUAGGAAUGAUAUUUUCAAGACAUUUGAAAAGAUAUUACAGUACAUAAUAUUUGGAUCUCUGUAGAUGAAACCACAAAUAACUAUUUCUGUAUGGUAUUAUUUUUAAAUUAGCAAAAUUUGGUAUUGGCGGCAAUGAGCUUUCAAAAAUUCCUAACGUUAGCAAAUAAUAAUAAUUAUUUUUAAAUUAGGUAGUUAAAUAAAUUUGAAAUGAGAUACAUCUACUCAGAAGAACCAGAAUAUGUUCAAGUCUGAUACUGGAUUAAAUUUAAAUAUGUACGAUCACAUCUUAUGACGUGGUAAUACCCCUUUCGGCUUAGAAAUUAAUUUUUUUGAACAAGCGAUACUAUUUCACAGAAAAAACGAUUAUUAUAUAUCGUAACG